AUGCCAUUCUUCGGAGGCGGCCGUCGCGAACCCUCUCCCGAACCUGUUCGGGAGCUGACCCCACCACCCUCAGAGCCCCGCCGCACCGGCUUCUUUGGCUCUCGCCGGGACCCUUCCCCGGAGCCAGUCCACCACCAACCCGUUGCCGAGCCCGCGCCCCGCAAGCACGGCCUCUUCGGCUCCUCUCGCCGUGACCCGUCCCCCACGCCGACAGCUCGCACAUCCCGCACCUCCGCGACCUCCCACUCCUCUUUGUCGUCAACUACCUACCACACCUCCCCUGAUGGCCACCACACCGGCGGAGGCGGCCUCUUCCGCCGCUCCACCGACGCGUCGUCCGGUCGCCGGGGCGGUCUCCUGCACAAGUUUGGCGGCGUAGGCGUAGAAAUGGACCCCAGCAUCGUCCAGGCUCGUGAGCGCGUCAUGGGCGCCGAGGCGGCUGAGAAGGAGGCUGACCGCGCGCUCAUGGCUGCGCGGGAGAGCGUUGCUGCUGCGAGGGCUGAUGUGCGAAGGCUUGAGGAGGAGGCCAAGGAGGAGGCCAGACGGGCCAAGAUCAAGCAGUACCAUGCCCGCGAGGUUUCCAAGCGUGGCAAGGCUUUGGGGCGUCACGGAGACUAA